GUUAGCCCAGCAACCCCUGCAUGUUGGGAGUUUUUUUUUCGCCGUGUCUUGUCUGUGUAUCCGCCUUCGCUUCCACACCGCCGAUUCAAUAGUUAUACGUGCGUGUGGGUGCUCGAGCUGGGUGACGCUGCGUCCCGCUCUUGGGGAAAUACGAGGAAAGUCAAGCUACUUUAGAAGACGAUAUCAUCAACCAAGAAUCAACGUUGUAACCAACUACUGUAAGACAGUGUUUUGCAGAUAAUACGAAAAAAUGGCAGAUCCAAUGACCCAGUCCUCUCAAAUAUCAUCGUCACAGGGACUCGCCGACGGACAGAACUCCGCGAAAGACUCGAAGUUCGCCGAUUCCUUUCUUUCCUCUUCGCCUGUUUCUCUCAUUCAGUCUCCUCAAGACAAAAGAGUGGUGGUAGGCUCUGAGAAACCCUCAGAAGGCGUGGCCACAUCACUUCGCUUUCAGCCGGGCUCCUUUACACCGGUCUCCUAUGGCAAUGAAACCACUGACCGUUCUCACAAAGGCCCAGAGAAGGAGUCCUCCGACUCAAACCUCGCGUCUCCACAAGAGGACUCGCCGAUAAAAAUGUCCCCCGUGUCUGAGAGGAUCAAGGCACUGGAGGCUCUUGCCGCGAAGAAGAAUGAACCAGAAAGCAGGAACGAGGGAGGCUUUCCUCACUUCAGGGAACGCCACUAUGAGAAGUCGCCCACAGAAGCCCCGCCCCCAGCAGCUUUCCAAAAGAAAACCACUUCACAGGAGAAGGAAUCCCCAGAAUCACCUUUUGAGGUUUUGGGAGAGACUGUGCAAGGAACUGACUACGAGGACACCGCAGACUGGAUGCGGGCUCACCUACCCCCGGCACCUAACUUCGGUACUGAAGAUCCAGAUCUUGAUGAUGGAAAAGAUGUCCCUGUUAUGGAGACUGAUGGUGCUUCAAAAGGGAAUAAGGAGGAGGCCAUUUUGGCAGCAGGAGUUCCUGAGGCUUUUGCUGGAGUUCCUGAUGCAUUUAUGGACACUCCCAUUGAGCCUCCUGACCUUAAAGACGAUUACAAUCCAGAGAAGCAAGAGAGCAUGGAGGAAGAAUCUGAAUUCGAUUUGAACUUUCUACCAACUGCAUACAUGUGGGACAAGCAAGAGAAUAAUGCAUCUAAAGGUCCUCCUGGUCAAUCUACAGCAAAGGAAUCUGAUAUUUCAGCGCCCCCUGCCACCGCCCCUCCUCCCGCAGGGUUUGGAUCCCCCUCUCCCCCCCUGUCCCCGCCACCGUCCCCACCUGCAUCUCCCCUACAGGCCAAGGUUCCAAAAACAACAUUGAAGGGUGAUGCUGAGCCAUCUGAGACCCAUGAGAUGGACAGUUCUGGCGAGUCAGAUGACACAGUGAUUGAGGAUGCCUGUGCUUCCAUCAAAGUUACCACAACAGAAUCUGUUGAGUCAACUCCCAAGCACCCCAGCAGCAAAGAUAGUGCUCCUCCUUCUGUAGAAAAAGAGUCGCAGCCAGCCAAACUGGAGAAGCAGCCCAUGCAGGUCCCCAUUAUCAAUGUUAUUGAGACUGAGGAGCAGGUAGUAAGUGAGGAAGAAUAUGAGCCAGAAGAGGAAGAGGAUGAACGCUACAGGGUCAUGCGAGACCCAGUUAGAGAACCAACGAAAGAACAAGAGCCCGCCUCAGAUGAGAAGAAAGCUGUACCCUCAGACGCACCCUCAGCUGAAGACCACAAACCGCCUAAUGAAUCUUCUCAGGUUUCCACAAUAGAAUCUGUUGAGUCAACUCCCAAGCACCCCAGCAGCAAAGAUAGUGGAGAUGUUGACACUGUGGUGCAGACCACUCCAAAUUCAAGAGGCCUUAGCAAAGAGGAGUCACAUGAUAAGGCUGUGGUCUUUGAGAGGCCAGACAGUCCAAACGAAUCUCUGUCAGAGUCAGCCAUCAAGUCUGCUACUGAGGGAAAAGAAGAGAAGUCUGUCAACAUUACAGAUCACAGAGGUAACCUGUCAGAGGAUACAGAGCCUGUAAUUGAUUCCCAUUUGAAUAACUUUGUUGCUCAGGAUCUCUCUCAGAAAGAAAAACCAAAGUCUGAAUUGAUCUCAGAGGAUGAUUAUGCAUCAGAUACCCUUUCAAAAUCGAAUGUUCUUCCAGAUCUGAACGCUGGCUCACUCAUCGAUCAAUCCUAUGAAGAUCACUUUGGAGAUGACUCUUUGCCCGGCUUGGAUGAGUCCUCUGAUGACCGACAGCUGAACUUUGACACUGUUCCAGAGCCUUCACCUUCAGAUUUCUCCUCAGACAAUUACAUUGAGACACUGGUUUCUCAAAACAUAUCCAGUGUUGGAAAUGAUGACCGCAAAACAGUGACCAACUCUGGUGACCUCCCUCUGAUGGCUGAUGAUAACUACACCUCCCAUCCGGUUGAGGAACAGCCAUCCAUGCAGGAAUAUCCUCAAGAUGACUUUUCAUACUACAGUGACCAGCCAGAUUCAUUCCCUGGCAUGGACCUUGAACCAAACCAAGACGCAAAGGACAUGACUGCUGAACCAGUCGCACCGACUGAGAACACAAGUGAUCCCGAGAGUAUCGAGCCCGACUGCUCUGUCUCCUUGGCAACAGACAGUUUUGUGGAAUUCAUGAGGGAGUGCUUGAAGUCUCGGGAGGACGAGGAGCCAGAGCCGCUGCUCCUCAGUCACACAACAAAGGCAGAGGCCGUCUCCACUUCCUCUCCAGCUGCAGUAAUGGACCUGGAACAGGAGAAUAACACCAUCCGUGCUCUGAAAGAGCUCGGGAGCAGUCAGGAAGACGAAGAAGACAACAAGACCUCACCCAAGUCCAAGACCUCAGAGCAGGAAAAGAAAUCUCCUCAGCCACAACCACAGGCCGAGGUCAUCUCGAGUCCCACAUGCGACUCCCCAGCCAGUCGGCAUGCGUCGGAGACCCCACUGUCCAAAGAGGUAGAGGCGAUCGAUGUCUGGGUGGCAGAGGCGUACCACCUCGCUGAGCAUGUAUUGGCAGCAAUACUAACCCACCUGUCAGUGAAAGACCUGGUGUACUGGCGCGACCCCAAGAAGUCGGGCGUGGUGUUCGGUGUGUCCAUGCUGCUGCUGCUCUCGCUGGCGGCGUUCAGCAUCGUCAGCGUGGUCUCCUACAUCCUGCUCGCCCUGCUCUGCGUCACCAUCAGCUUCCGCAUCUACAAGUCCGUCGUGCAGGCCGUGCAGAAGUCCGGCGAUGGACACCCCUUCAAAGCCUUCAUGGAGAAGGACGUCAGCGUUCCCCCUGAGACCUUCCGUAAGCAUGUGGACCAGUGCCUGACCUACGUCAACCGCGCCCUCAAACAGAUGAGCCGGCUCUUCCUGGUCGAGGACCUGGUGGACUCUCUCAAGUUGGCUGUUGCCAUGUGGCUGUUGACCUAUGUGGGCGCCGUCUUCAAUGGAAUCACCAUCCUCAUCCUUGCUGACAUCCUGAUCUUUACCAUGCCUCUGGUGUAUGAGAAGAACAAGACCCAGAUCGAUAAAUAUGUGGACAUCGCACGUACUCAAAUCAACACCACGAUGGCCAAGUUACAAGAGAAACUUCCUGCAUCAAUGAAGCGAGGCAAAACGGAAUGAUCCUGCUUUAUUGGAUCGUCUCAUCACCACCACCACCACCACCCUCGUCCUCCUGUCAUGUUAGACCCUCAUCCUCAUCCCAGUGAUCCCCAAUCUAACCCUCUGUCCCCCUCCCCACUCAUCCACACUGUCCAACAGUCGCCCCCUCGCCUCCCUCCCUGCCCUGAACCAGCUAGUGUGGACAAACGCAACAAGAAAUCUUUACGAGCUUCUCCGUAUUCACUAUUAACCGUGCAGCGCAGGCUUAACUCUCCGCGCUAUAGGGAAGCUACAGUGGCAGCCCAGUGGCGUCACCAAUAGCACAGGACGUAGAGGAGGAAGGGAUGUUACUCUGUAACUGGAUACAUUUUGUUGUUGUGUGUUUUUGUUUGUGUUUUUUGUAUCGGCGCUCCGAAAUGGCCCAGGGUUGGUGAACUAGACUGAAUCUACGAGCUGGUGUUGCAGUGGCAGGGUGUCAGGUGGUGAUGUUGGAGGCGGUGAUUGGCUGUUGAAAGAUCAAGGAUAGGGGUUGGUGUUGUACAAGCCAAUGUCUGUAAUUGAAAACAACACUUUGCUUAAAAUAAAACUGAAAAGGUUAUUUAAAAAAUGAGAAAAGGCUUUUUUAUAUAUGUUAAUGACUUUCUUUUUUUUCUGCCCAGUCUCCAUGCAUUUGAGUGAGGAAAAAAACAUAGUUUUUAGAUGAUAAACUCCUCAACGUUUUUGGUUGGAUAUCUCUGGGACUUCUCUGUUAUUGAUUGGCUGCCUAGCCGGUCACUCACCUUAUCAUUUGUGUUCUGUUCACCUUAAGGCACUUAUGUUUGUAUAGGAUCUGCAAUGCACUGAAGAUGUGUCUGCUUCGCCCAGACAGGUGGAAUAAAGAAGUUUGAAGCAGUGUUCCAGCUGUGUUACUUUUGGUCUAGUACACCUCGUUGCUUCUUGGAGCGUCAUGUGUAUAUAAUAAGUCAAGGCAACAGACUGUCUGCCGUAAAGGAGUAAGGUGUCGCUUUUUAUAUAACAAAUAAUCCCCUUAUGGCAAGCGUGCUAAUUUCUGUUACAUCUCAGUGUCACUGUUGCGUUCAUAAUGUGGAUUUACUAUACUAUUCUUCUACUUAUCAUUACUGCUGAUACUAUACUAAUUAUUAUCACAGUUGAUAUUAUUGCUAUCACUGGUUAGACUGACUGCUUUGAUUCACUGUUUUGUGUCAUUGUGAAAAAGCUUAGCCUUUCUCCCGUCUCAAGGCUUCAGACCGCCAAGGUGAUGACCUGUGUUGAUCUUUGACCUCCAGGGUGUUGGUGAGCGUGUCUGUCACUAAGGGGGGUGAUCUACAGUAUAUUCGCUUGCCAUGGCCUUGCCACACUUUCCCUGACGACCAUGUUUGAAAUGCCAGGCCGUAGGACGUUAAGAUGAACGUGCAUCCAUCCCCCGCUCUCCAGGUUAUUUCAGUGUAAAGUCCUGCGAAAUACUCUCCUUGUAAGCCACUGGCUCUAGAACGGACCCACUGAUCGGAUCUGUUUUAGUAUCGGCAACCUGUUUAAAGUAAUGGAUAUGCUCAGUGAGGCUUGUUUUCACCUUCAUUUCUUUAUGCAAAAUGUAAAGCAUUUUGUCUGACAAGGCUACUCAUCUUCAAGGGCCUUGUAGCUUUUUGUUUUCUUUGUAUUUCUAAGGGAUACUAAGGGUGGGAUGUUUUAUAUAGGGUUUUUUCCUGGUGUGUGUUCUGUUGUGUAUAUUUGCCAACAUCUCCAUCCCCCUUGAAAUAAGUAAACAGGGUUUUGUUCUCGGCACAUGAUUUGCAUCUCUGCAAGACAUCUGUAGAUAAUAUAUGGAAUCUGUUUCAAAUAUGCAUUUACUGUAUUUCAGUUAUGUUAUAAUGGUUCUCAGAUUGCCUCUCAAUGCAUUGACUAUUACUGCUAUUGUUAUUACUAUUACUACUACUACUACUACUACACAGAAGUCUGUCUCCUGCUGAAUGUGUCUUCCCUGCAAUAUUUAUAGUACAUUCCAUCUUGUGCAUGCAGCGCAGUGUCUUGGUGGGAUCAGAAGGAGGUUUUACCAGGUAACAUGCUCUUCUGCUGUUCCCUGCCAAGACACUCUGCUCCUGUAUUCAUUGUCCUCCUUAUAAAGGCUGUUUUUUCAAAUCACAAUAUUGGAUGUGUAGUCGUCGUAGGAGUUCUUGUUGAGUAUUCACCAUGCACGCCUCAGUUGCAUUCUUCUCUACAUGCACACUUAAUACAUACGUACAUGCUCUUCGCAAACGCAUACACACUCACCUACAGUUGAAAGUAUCCUAUGUCUGAAAACCACGGUGUCCUUGUUUUCCGCUGGACUGACAUGCUUAAAUGAACGUGUUUGGCGGCCGAAGCAUGGGUGUGGUGCUUUUUGGUGAAUAGGCUACGUUCCAGCAAAUAGGGUUUCAUAGGUAUCUCUUCAGUCAUGACUGACAAAUGCAAUGCUGUCUGUUUUUUUUUCUUUUAUCAGUAGACUACACAAACCUACUCCUCUGUAGAUACCAUGCCUUAGUUGCUGUUCUAUUCUCCUUUAGUGUUAAGAGUUCAGGAAGAACUACACUAUGACUAUUUUUGACUUAAUUCUGUAGUUUCAGUGCAUGUUUCCACCUUGAUCUUUUUAUUUUGUUUUUUCUUCUUGGGAAGGGAGGGUUGAUGGGAGUUGGAAGUCAUUUUAUUUCUGGUCAGGAUUUCUUCUUCCUUUUUUGUUUUGCUUUUGACUUUCUCUUGAUAACUAGAUGUGUUAACUAACACCUAAGACUCUGUUUGUUAGCUGCAGGUUUAGUUUGUUUGUGGGUGCUUUGGAGAAAAAAACAAAGUUGCAAACAGAGGAAACAGAUCUAUGUGGUCCCUGUGCUGAUGUCAAAGUGGAAUUAAUAAAAAGUACAUCAGAAGACA